UCACAAUAAGCUUUCUUCUAUUUCCUUAGAUUUACUUGACAUUUGCAGAAAGUUAUGAACACCACGGCAGCUCAAUUUCCUUACCCAUGGCAGCGUUGCAAAGUUAUUCACUUGGUGAGGCAUGGACAAGCAAUGCAUAACGUAGAAGGAGACAAGGACCGUAAUGCACUGUUGUCUCCUCACCUAUUUGAUGCCCAACUCUCCCCGUUGGGAUUGCAGCAGGUUUGUAAACUUCGCAAGGAGGUUCAUGCUAGAGGGCUUUUUAAAAGGAUCGAGUUAGUGGUCACCUCCCCUUUGUACAGGACCAUGCAAACUGCUAUUGCAGUUUUUGGUAAUGAAAGCAGCGCAGAUGAAGGGAAUACUGAUAAUUUUUCUGCAAAACCCGGUGGUCCCGAUUGCCCCCAAAUCAUGGCAGUUGAGCUUUGUCGAGACCGCUUGGGGGUUCGACCUUGUGAUAUGAGGCGAAAGGUUAGCGAAUGUGAAGCUCUUUUCCCUUCUAUUGACUUUUCAAUGAUGGAUGGCGAAGAUGACAGCAUGUGGAAUCCGGACAUUCGAGAGCCUGAAGAGGAAAUUGCUGCACGGAUGGUCUUGUUUAUGAACUGGUUGUGGACAAGGCCAGAACAGGAUAUAGUGAUUGUCAGCCAUGGCAUCAUACUUCAGCAAAUAUUAAAAGUACUUGGAAAUGACUGUCAUCAAGCUGUUAGCUCUGCCUUAUGCCAACGCUUCGACAAUUGUGAACUUCGUUCGGUGGUCAUUGUCGAUAAAAGCCCAAGGGCAGUGGAUUCAAUGCUUUGCUCACCAAGAGAUGUUGCAAAGCAGCAGCAUGUGUUAAGGGAGGAAGUUUCCAACUAAUUGGACGUUACACUGUUGGGCUCUCCAAGAAUUCUUUAAUCUGUUCAUCCAAUUUCUAUUCUUUGAUCUUUCUUCAUUUGUCUUCUUAAUUUUAAAGGAAAUUUGACCAAAAAAAUGUACGCUCAAUUGUUUUAU